AUACCCAUCAUCUACCAAACCAAGGAAUAUAAAAUGCAAAAGAAGAGUUCCCGAGAUACUCCUCCUCUGCACUAUCGCUUCGAGCAUGUCCAAUCAUCACCACCUCCUUUGUCAUCUCAUCAUCACCACACGACAAUAGAGAACAGGAGAGAUACGAGAGAUUUCAAGACCCCUCAAAUAAUCGAUGGAUUAACCAACAUCCUGUCUGGGUGGGGAUGGUUGACACCUGAACGCGAGGGUCGUUCUCAAAGUUUUUCUACCGCGUCACAUCAACAAAAUACAACGAUGGGUUCCGAUGAGACUGAUCAGAUGCAAAAAACCACGACAAAUGACAAAACAGGAGGAAUAUCCCAAACAUCGUUCGCAGAUAGGUAUGGGAAAUUCAGCAGAGUCAUCCAUUACGACGAUAGCAAUACCGUUCAAUUAUACGAAAAGAAAGUUCCGGCUUCGGAGCAAAUCAACUCGCUAGCAAGGUCUCAGAGCCGUACGCAGACAAUGUUAAGGCGAGCUUCAAUAUCCAAUAAAAUCAAGGAGCUUUACGCAGUCAAAGUAUUUCGCCGCGCCCAAACAUCUCUACUUCCGCUGACUGGCUCGCUUCACGAUCAAAGCCGAACUAUCUCACUUUCCCAUCCCAAUGUUCUUGCAAUUAUCGACAUUCUCUAUAAUACACAAACGAAUCUCUGUAUUGUAAUGCCCUACUGUGCUGGUGGCAAUCUUCAGUCUUUUCUUUCACAAACAAGGGACCAAAAGGAGCAAGUCUCCACCGAGGAGCUAAACUGUUUGGCCAUUCAAAUCAUGCGAGCUGUCGCCUUUUUACAUGAAAAUAAUGUUGUGCAUGGCGACCUAAAGCCAGACCAUAUACUCCUCACUGCCCAGGGCGCAGUGAAAGUAGGUGGUUUUGGUCAAGGCGAAGAUGCAAUUCGAGAACUGGCCCAACUAAUACAUGGUGGUAAUUCCACUGCGUCCUCUUCAGCACACAGACGAAGCUCAAGUUCGGCUUCUAACUAUCAGCCCAAGCUAUGCAUCCGGAGAAAUGUCUCGGAGUCUAGUGGCCCUUAUCUUCCCCCCGAGAGAUAUUCCGAUCGCCGUGGCUCCCGUCGGCAAAGUCUUGCACCUCAAAACGUCUCUGAUAGGAGAGCAGCGGAUGUAUGGGCAUGCGGCAUAAUCUAUAUGCUCCUGCGGUCCGGCAAACUUCUCUGGCACAGCACCCGGAAAGACAAUCCAGACAAAGCUUUUGAGAACUAUCUCCGUUCUCGCCUGGAGGAAGAUGGCUAUCACCCUAUACAGGUGCUUGAAAAUUGUUGCCGAAAUGUAGUUUACGCGAUGCUGCACCCUGAUUUGGGUUUGAGGAUUACGGCUGCACAAGUCUUGAGAUCUGAAUGGGCCGUUGGAGUUGCGGUUUGUGAGGUUGGGGAGAAGGGGUUGUGA